UGGUGAGACGUGAGUGCGAAGCACCAGUCGAGCGCAAUCCGUCGAGCGAGCACGACAGUGUACGCCGUUCGUAUCGGUCACCCGUGUUGUUAUCACAUAGCGGUCGCUCCGAAACAACGAAGGCGAUCUGUUAUCCCAUAACACAAGUCCUCAAGGCGUAUUGGCACGUACGACCGUGACGUAUCCAACUCGAAAACAUGUUGUUGGUUAACGACGAAGCGAUCCCGCGUUAAGAAAAAGUGUAUCCAAGUAAACGUGCCGUUAAAAAUAUGUGCUGUGAGUGAGCUUUUGCGAAAUCUGCCUGUUGCGAGAUCUUUCUUCAUGACGAAGUGUUAACACAUGUGUCCGGUUAAUUCUUCGAGUCGCGUCAAUACGUGAUGUAUUUGACGCCAUUAAACAUAAAUAAGGAUAACUGAAUAUUUGUACGGCGCAAGUUGAUGUCCCUUCAAGCAUCUGCAAGACGCAAAUACGUACUUCUAAAUAUUCUUCGAAGAUUUUUCUUUUAUUCCGACAGUUCUGCAAGCGUUAGAAUACGUUCGAAGGAAUUAAGACCUCUCCAUGCGUCCUUUGACCUGCCUCUUAAGGGCUUCCUUCGUUGCAUGUCCUUUUUUUGUGUCUGCCCGAUGCUUUCAUCUACGCAUUAUUUCGCUACGUUCGUCAUGCAUCCAUUGACAACGAUAGGCGAGUUCCGUUUCUUUGUGUCUGUUAACGCUGCGAAACGCAGUGAUGUUGUUUAUACUGCGUCGGUAAUUGGCGCUUGAGGACUGAAAAGUGCCUGAACAUCGAAGAAUUAACCGGUACUGGAGACGAGGUGAUCGACUGUCCUAAAUUUGGGAGAACGCGGUCCUCGAUUCUCGUAACCUGCCUCGCCUCCAGCCAGCCAGGCUUUUGUACUCUCUUGGAAUUUAUUAGUGUUCUAUUUCGUCCUCGACUCCUGUUCAACUGUAAAAUGUGUCGAAGCGCAAGCAUAGUCAAAGCUGCCUUGUUCUUUUCAUCACGAUGUUUAAAAGUUAUAUCUUAACGUAAUUCGCCUCCUAAACCUCCUAAAAAGAAGAUGUUAUAGUAAUUGUAAGGUGACGGGAGAUAUGAGAGAAUUUACACUGAUAAGUUUAUCACUUAUUUGAUAUAUUUAGUAGCCUGUACGAUUUGUCACAAAAAGCCGACUUGACGCCGAACGUAUUACGCCGAAUGUAUCUUUAUCGCCUAAGAUCCGUGCCCAAGGCUUUGUUCAUCGUUACUGUCUCAUCGUAACGUAACGUUCAAGAGAGAAACUAGAGAACUCGGAGCAAUAUGUGAUGCAACACUCACCUGCUUCAGAACCUAAAGAACUCAAAAGAACUUAAGAGAAACUUGAGCAUUAAAAGUGCAUUCUUUCUAUCUAAAUAUGGUCCUUUCUAUCGAUAUAAAAUCUGAAAAUUUUCAUGUUUCAAAUUACGUCCAUUUAUUUUCUCCGCUUCCUAACGUUAGAAUUAAAUUCACACGCAGUGCCUUUUAUGAGUAAUUGUUAUCUGUUAUGACGAAUCUCGCGGUUUUCCUGAAACACGUUUCACUAAAGAGCGGAAGGCACCAAUGCUUCCUACUUAUAAAAUAUUCCACGAUACUGUCAUACUGAUUGGAAAGAAGAAGUGGUUAUUUAACUGUACCGUUCGUAUGACUAGGAAAAUAGUGUCACCCAGUAGUUUCCUAGUUGUUCUAGAUUAUUCAGUAACAAGUUAUUACGAGAGAGCAGAGAGGAGGAGGAGAAGGGGGAGAGAUGAGAGAGGGGUCAUGAUCGUAAGCAUCUUUCCUGCUCUGCUGAUGAUAAGCUCACUGAUGCAGAAAGGUCGUUUAGCGAAUUUAUUGUGUGAAUUAUCAACCUCGGACGGUCUAGAAGUUACAAUUCGAUUCGAAAUUCCAUAUUACGCGUUUUUAGUAUAUAUAUUGUGUAUUAUAUUGUGUUUAGUAUAUAUAACGUGUAUUUAGUAUAUAUAUUUACAGAUACGUAUAAUAAAGUAAUCGCGAUUUUACACGUGUCUUUGAAAACGUGUAUCCGUUUUCUAACUUUAAAUCCGUUUGUUCACUCAGUCGUUUACACGUUUUUAAACAGAAGAGUCAUUAGCCUUUCUUGGCAAGCGUACGAGGCAAGGAAGACAAUCAACAGCGACGUUGCACCGCGUGUAUAUGCUUUUUACUCUUCGCAAGACUAGUCGUAGUUGUGUAAAUAGUUAUUUGUAUUAGAGAAGAGACCUUCUAAGAGAUCAUCUAAGAGACCUAGUAGUCAGGUGGUAUUCGACAGUUUCUAUUUUCCUAUCAGCGAGUUCUGAUUGGUUUCCACCUUUGCUUUCUGCUCCUCUUCCAAGAUAACCAUUGCUCAAAAUAGAGGAAAUAAACUGAGUGUUCGCUUUCCUUAGCAGAACGAUAUUGUUUCUGUGUGUAUCACAUACACUGUGUGUUCAGUCAGAAUCACACACGAAGUAGUGACGAAGUAGUCACGUCGAGAGAAUAAACAAGGGAGAGAAAGGAGCUUGCUAAACGCGGACCGCGUGAGUGAGCGAACGAGCAAGUGAGUGAGUCACCAUGGGCAAAGGAUCAAGUAUGAAAUUCCUCAUCACUUGCACGCUGACACUGACGGCGUUGGCCGCUGUAGCCCUUGGCGCAACCAAAAGCGACGUGUCAACGGUCGACAGGCUGCGGCAGGAUCUGCUGCACCUGGAGCAAGAGCUUACGAAGGAUCUAACCAAGCCGAAGUGGACGAACGUCGAGGAGCAACAGAAAUAUCUGUAUCUCAUCAGAGAGUACAAGAAGUUCGGUAAUCGCGUGGACGAGCUGUAUCCCUUGGAUAGGCCGAAUUAUCUGCACGCCUUGGACUCUGUAUGGCUCUGGGCACGGGCGCAGGCCGAGUCCAAGGGUAUAAACGGUCUUUACAUGGUGUUCCGGCAGAUGCAGCGCGAGAUCGUCGAUAUGAAUGCGCCGGUGAUUGCGAAGCAGCUGGCGAACUUCGCGGAGACGAUCCUGCGGGAUCCGAACGCGUCGAUACCGCGCGCGCUCGAUCGUAUCGCGAGUCUCAUCGUCCACGAGAAUCUCUUCAUCGCGGCUUAUCAGCAAGUAUCGAAUCAGAUGUGCAGCGACGUGCAAUCGCCGCAGCAGAUGUUAUACAAUUUGUACAAUACCGUGGCGUUAACGGAGAUCAAGGGCUACACAAUGAUCCAAUUUUCUUAUAUGAUACUACGUUUAUAUAACGAAGGCAAGAAUUUUAACGAGGAAAUUGAGACGUUGAAGCAGCAAUACGCGAUCCGAACGUCCGAGACAUUGAGAGCCGUUAAAACGGCGAUGGCCUUCGCCCCGAGAAAUAUUUGGAGAUGCGAUCCCGCUAUACACAAAUUAGACGAAACCUACACCGAGCUGAAGCAAUUGUUCCAAGGAUAUAUAGUGAACGAAGUAGACUUGAAUAGCGACAACACAUGUAAACAGAACUGCGGUUAUUACGGAUACAGCAAGGUGUACGGUUGCUAUCAGAAUCAAUUUUGCUCGCAGCAACGUCGCUGCAACGGCAAAAUAUUGAAUUGCGAGUACAUCGAUUCCGACAUGUGGAUCUGCCCCUCGAACAGAAACAGUAGUAGGAGAUACGAAUACAUCCAGUAUGAGAACGGCAUGGUGUACGGUAAUAAAAACACCUGUUCCAGAAGCACAACAAAAGUCGAUAGCUGGUGGCGAUGGCUAUUCUGGCAUUGCAGCUAUUGCUUCUGCUAUUGUGACGAUAACAAUUCGAACUCCGAUAGAUACUUCAGUCUCAGACCCGUGAUAUCUGAUACCGCGAAUAACAAAGUUAUAAUUGGAGCGAGGCUGAAAAAGGUGAACCAGAUUAUUCACAUACAGAUCCAAGAAGGCCAAAUACUUCCACGUGGAGGGAUUAAUGUGUCCGCAAUCGAAUGGAAGCCGAUCGAUAAGUUUAGAACCAUGGAUACUAAUGUCAAGAAUGGCGUAGACUACCACCAACUCGCAUGGGAGAAACGAGCUGUGGAUCUCGAUGACAUAUUGCCGCCAAAAGACCAUCUUUUGACAGGCAUUCGAUUCCGAGUGGUCGGUAGCCGCUUGAAUUUGGAAAUCAUGGCGACUCCAUUCAACUUCACGUCCGGAUUGUUAACUGAGCCCGAGAGGAACAGUUUCUGGCACAGCAACGAUAUUACCGACAGAACUGAGCUGACACUAAGCGAGCCUGAUAUACCAAUUCGCAACUACGAAAACCUGCCGGAUUCCGCAGUGAACCAAUACUUGAAUUUCGCACCUAGCGAUCGACGCAAGGACGCCGCACAGAGCACCGUGCCGUUCCUAGACGUGCAACCGAUCAUACCAAAUCCGCCGGUGCUGAUUGCGGGCGCUGGUAUCUUUCACAAAGGAAACAAGGGCUCGGGUGGUUUCGUCGCUCUGCGACUCAUCACCUACGACUUCACGCCGCACUUACAGGUCGACCUACCGCCGGCACCGCCGCUUCUCGAGACCCCGAACGAUAUUACAGCUUCGUAAAAUAGCAAUAACACACUUUCCAUCAUUCUCUACUUUCCAUCGCGGAGUGGAGUCCUCUAAAUAGCGAUUAAGAAAAGAACCUGUGAUCUACCGAGGACCUCAAUGUCGAGGUGGAUACGUAAGUUUAAGCUCACCAAAUCUGUAAUUGCGUGCUGUAACUGCGUGUAGGUAGAUAGAUAGAAGACAAAUAACAGUAAGUUUCGCUCUAAACGUAUGUAUUAUAAUUCGCUAUCGCUAUUAAUGAAUUCGUCGUUUGCCAAUGUGCCAAAUUGAUAAAGUAAUGACACCGUCGUCAGUUUUAAAAGUAAAAUCUCUUUUCGAGAACAGUAGAACUUUUGGUAAGAUUUUACAGAAUAGAAAAAUUGAUCUGAGGCGAUCGAUUUAGAGCGCCAACAAUGAAUCUUUUGUAUAAAAAAUUUACAAUUUUUUCAUAAAUUUUUUCUUAAAUUCGCAGAUCAAUGGAUUACAUAUAAAAAUAUGUAAAAUAUGAAUCUUUAAUCAUCUAAAUUUAUAUUGAAUAUAAUGUAA